UUUCGCCCGCGUAAUGGCUGCUGCCGAGACCCAGGGGGCUGCUACCCGAGGGGAGGAGGACAGUGAUGGCAGCCGUAGCGGAGCCGGGGAUGUCAGUUAUGAGGACAGUAAGGAUUGUAUCUUGGAGCCACUUUCUCUGCCAGAAAAUCCAGGUGGCACCACCACUUUAGAAGGUUCUCCAUCUGUGCCUUGUAUUUUCUGUGAAGAACAUUUUCCUGUGGCUGAACAAGACAAACUUCUGAAGCACAUGAUUAUUGAACAUAAGAUUGUGAUAGCUGAUGUCAAGUUGGUGGCUGAUUUCCAAAGGUACAUUUUAUAUUGGAGGAAAAGGUUCACUGAACAGCCCGUUACAGAUUUUUGUAGUGUGAUAAGAAUCAAUUCCACAGCUCCAUUUGAAGAACAAGACAAUUAUUUUUUGUUAUGUGAUGUUUUACCAGAAGAUAGAAUACUUCGAGAAGAACUUCAGAAACAGAGACUGAAAGAAAUUCUGGAACAACAGCAGCAAGAACGAAACGAUAACAGUUUUCAUGGCAUUUGUAUGUUUUGCAAUGAGGAAUUCCUCGGAAACAGAUCUGUUCUUUUGAACCACAUGGCCAGAGAACAUGCUUUCAACAUUGGACUGCCAGACAACAUUGUUAACUGCAAUGAAUUUCUAUGUACAUUACAGAAAAAGCUCGACAACUUGCAGUGCUUGUACUGUGAGAAGACCUUCAGAGACAAAAAUACACUUAAAGAUCAUAUGAGGAAAAAACAGCAUCGCAAGAUCAAUCCUAAGAACAGAGAAUAUGACCAAUUUUAUGUCAUCAAUUAUUUGGAACUUGGAAAAUCAUGGGAAGAAGUUCAGUUGGAAGAUGAUCGGGAGUUGUUAGACCUUCAGGAAGAUGACUGGUCUGAUUGGGAAGAACACCCAGUCUCUGCCGUCUGCCUGUUUUGUGAAAAGCAAGCAGAAACAAUUGAGAAAUUAUAUGUCCACAUGGAGGAUGCACACGAAUUUGAUCUCCUCAAAAUAAAGUCGGAACUUGGAUUAAAUUUCUAUCAGCAAGUGAAACUGGUUAAUUUCAUUCGGAGGCAGAUUCACCAAUGUAGAUGUUAUGGCUGCCAUGUGAAGUUCAAAUCCAAAGCAGACUUAAAGACUCACAUGGAAGAAGCUAGACAUACAUCACUGCUUCCUGAAAGAAAGACAUGGGAUCAACCAGAGUAUUAUUUUCCAACCUAUGAAAAUGACACUCUACUGUGUACACUGUCUGACAGUGAAAGUGACCUAACAGCUCAGGAACAAAAUGGAAGUAUUACCAUCAUCAGUGAAGAUACAUCUGAAUUGCAUGCUUUGAAACAAAGCAGUAUUUUGAACCAGCUGCUACUACACGAGGGCUUGAAAAACUAGAAGAAACUGCCACAGAAGCAAUUUUUCGUUUUCUCCUGUGAGACAGACAUGAAAGAAUCAUUUAAAUUUGAACACUAGUAAAACAUUAGUCCUUGGUGAAAUAAACUUUUAAAAAAUGAAUGUUCUUUUUAAAAAUUAAAGUAGAAAAAUAAAAUGAG